GUUUCCACUUCCUGAACCACCAUGUGAACCACUAUAUAAACUUAAGAAACAUUAUCGUCAUGGCCACCAACGGACGACGUCUGCUACUUCGAUUAGAGUGACUUCGAUCAAUACUUCGAUUUCGGUUGUGUUAGGGCAAAUACAGCUUGGAGUUUUCUCAAUUUUGGUCGAACGCCGCUAUGUAGAUCGAGAUACGGUGGAGGCUGUCUAAUCGCCGGCACAAGUGUCAUACUUGGUCGAUACAAACUGACUACGACGCAUGCUAAAACGUAGAGGCUUCGCCGUGGCGGUGAUCGCAAAAACGCUUAUUCAGAAGCAUAACGCUGAAGACGGGCAAGUACAUCUCUGCGUCGUACGUUGCUCGAAACUGUAGCUGAAUUCAUCUACUUGGCAACUCAACGGAAGCUGGUACGUCCAAAUCCGCAAAUCGGAGCAAUAAUGACGUAUCCCGAAAAGAUCGUGGGGCGCCUGACAGCUCGUGGUCUGGACCUCGACCGUCCCUGUCAGUACCAAUCUCACGACGACGACUGCUGGCUUUCUCGUGGCCUGCACGGAUGGAACAAGGUCCUGUAUCCGGCGAGCCUCGAACUAAAACAAGUUGCACCCGGCAGACUCGCCUUCCUUACGCUGCCGACAAACAGGCGUCCGUACGGCGACGUCGAGGAGUUGUACGAUGCGGCUUACGUCCUCUCUUGGCUUCCGAGGGUGCACCGAUGCGUACAGUGUGUCUCGCUCGACGGGACGCGAACUGUUCUACUGAACCGGCCGGCGUCGACGCUCGCCCUGACUUUGGGCCGGAGUUGCAACCUGCGGCACCUGGUGCUUCGGGGCAACUACGACUACGACCCAAUAGAGAAUACAGUAGGUCGUGACUACGACACGCCCGUCAGCGACGACGAGCUCGCCGAAGGAUUGGCGGCCCUCGCCGUACUCGAAAAGUUUGAGUUCGCGCAAUUGCCCAUUAGUGUGCCCCUUUCCCGGCACAUGGUCAAGCUGAUAAACCGUAACGUGGACCAUCUUACCUCCAUCGUCUUCGAGAACAAUGGCGUGUCGAAGAACAUCACCAACAGGCUGCUCCGAGCCAUGCGCCGUUGCCGUGUCCUCAGCGAGCUGUCCGUUGUCAAGAACAUUCUCGGUAAAAGCUGUAUGGCGUCUGUGGCCAUACUUGUGCGAGACGCCAAGCAGCUGCGUAAGCUGGAUCUGAGCGAUAGCCUUAAAAAACGGGCGAAUCUCGGCGGCAUUGCAGAAGCUCUGGAAGUCAAUACGUCGCUUGAAGAAUUGUGCUUUUUCCAGUGCGAAUCGGAUGUUACUCAGAGCGAAGCGGACAUUCGCCGCCUGCUUGAAGCCUUGGCUGUGAACAAAACCCUGAGGCAUCUGGACCUGUGUGGUUCCAAUGUUGGUGACAGUGUAGCGUUACUUGCAGAGGCGCUGCGGGCGAACACAGGACUACGAAGGUUGGAGAUGAUGUACUCGCGACUUGAUGACAGCUGCGCCGUGCAACUCGCAGCAGCACUGGAGACCAACCGUACCCUCGAAGUGCUGAACCUGAAGGACAACAUGUUCACUGCGCGUGCGGUCGCAGCGUUCUGCACGGCACUGCAUAAAAACAGGACUUUGAAGCAAGUGCUUUUCAGUCAGGUUCGAGCUUCUGAAGAGGAAAGAGCAUGGCUUUCGGUCCAAAUGGCUGCAGGUAGAGGCUACACAUGCAUACAGGUGUCCUGGGCACUGCCAGACAUCCCAAUGCUUUCCAUGGCAAUGGCCUCAGACUCGCCAACGGAGCUCCACCUUUGCAACACCUUUUACCUUACGGGGAACGCAAUUCGCACACUUCUCAAGAGCCUCGCUACCAAUUCACGUGUCAAGGUCGUCACGGUUGUGGCAGUAACACACUGUGCGGAAACAGUUGAUGCAUUGUGCCAUGCGCUCGUCUCGAACCGAACCAUCGAGCGUCUUGAAAUCGCUGUGGGCAGCGACUCCAAAGACGAUGGACUGCUCGCCCGAGUGGCCAAAGCUCUCCUGGUGAAUCGGACCGUGUCGGAGGUCCACAUGAAAAGCACCAGCCUGUCCCUGAAAUCUGCUAAGACUAUUGCCUUCCUUUUAUCAAAGAACUCCAGCAUAACUAAGUUAUCCCUGAACACACUAUGGGAGCUCAAGAUUAAGCGGGUUGGCAUCAUAUCUCGGGCACUGGCCAAAAACACAGCUGUCAUGGACUUUGUGCUUUCCCCCAACCUCGAUGCAAACCGUGUGUCGUGGCGGAUCUCGAAUGCUCUGCGGAGGAACACAAACCUUUUGAACCUGGCGAUUAGGUUCCUUGCGGGGCAGAGGCUGGACGGACAAGCUGCGAGAGCAUUUGAGACACUCCGAAUGAAGCCAUCUCUUCUGCCGCAACUGAAGGUAAACGGACAAAGUGACGAGGAUGCGAGCUCUACAAUUGUCUCAGCACAGCAUUACAUCAGUUCAAACUACCUGCGUCUUGCCGGUGUUGUGCGACAUGGUGUCGUCUGUCAUCCCUCUACUAGCACACAGCUGGAUGCUCUAAACCAAGAUUGUUGGUGCGCAAUCGCACGCUACCUAAGUUUGUCAGAUGUCAUUCCUUCAGAGUCAAGCACAACUUCAGCCAGUUGGGCUGAGGAAAAAAAGAGUUAUGAGUAAAUGUGUUGACUCUUUUUGUAAAUGUGCCGAUUUUGCAGUCCCUGUAUUGUAGUGGAUCAUUUUGUAACGAAUGUCAGUUCCUGAUAAGAAAACAACUGUUGCUGAUCAGACGUCAUUACCAGCUGCCAACUAGCGCAGUGGCAAGAUUUCCGAGGCUAUGUUAUUGUUGCUUUCAGUGUACAGUAUCAAGAUGCAACUUCUAGUUGUCAUAUUCGAGUAGUGUUGUACUGAAUGCUAGUCACACAAAACCCCCACUGAUGUACAACAGAGAACUGGUGUGAGACAACUUUAGGUAAAGUAUAGUGAAGAAUUUUGUGCCAGGCUAUUACUAUACUCAUAAAUAUAAAGAUUGCGCUUGUGUCAUUCGGGUGCUACCAAAGUUAGAAAAACUUUCCGACUACUAAAUUUUCAUCGAGUUGUUGCUCAUGAACGUCGCGCACGAUGACAGUCCACCGUGCAGUGCUCAAGCUUGUGGUAAUGCGCUAAGUGAUGCCAAAGUGAAAAUCAAAAGCCUGUUACUUUGUCACAUCUGCAGAAA